UGUCACUUCUGGCGAGUAUAAAAAGAAGCAGAAUUCUGGAAAAACAAAAAUGUCAGUGGAACGGGCAAAACAAAAAUUCCCAUGUAACAAGUGCAAACAAUUGGGUCAUUGGGCAGCAGAGUGUCCGCAGAAAAAGACAGGUGUCGGGACUAAUAAGCAAAGAAGUGGCAAUGUCGUAUUCAUUUCACAUGUCAUGGGCAUGUCGAUUGGAAACUACAUUGAUGCAAAUAAAUGGUAUUGUGAUAGUGGUGCAACCAAGCAUAUUACUCCAAACAAACAAUACUUCGAAUCAUAUAGAGAAUUUGUUGUUCCUGAAGUAAAAUCACUUGGAAAGCAAGGUGUGAGUAUGUAUGCACAUGGGCAAAGAACAAUAAGGAUUCAAGUUCGACGAAACAAUACCUGGUAUAAUGUUGAAAUGAAAAAUGUUUUUUAUGUCCCUGAUGCAACUGGUCACUUGUUUUCUGUCAAAGCAGCAGCAUCGAACGGUUACAGGAUAGUAACCGAUGACAGAAGUGUUAAAAUUCAAGACAAAAUUGGUGAGAACACUGUCAUCACUGGUUACAUUAAAAAUGGUCUGUACAUGCUCGAUAUACACGUUGUAAAACCACACAAAAACAUUAGGGUGAAUUUUGACAGCGUCUGAUAAUCUACAAGUGUACCAUGAAAGGUUUGGUCAUCAAAAUAAACGGCAUGUAAAGAAUGUUUUGAAGCAAAUGAACAUCAACGUGGAAGGUUGCAAAGAAAAAUUCUGUGAUGGAUGUACUGUACUUUGGGAAAAAUGCAUAAACUACCAUUUAAGCAAAGAAUAAAUUGUCCAACAGUUAC